AUGGCUUCUUAUUAUUUAGAGAUUUUCCUAUCAGCAAUCUGGUUUUUAGCCAUCUGGGCAUGGAGGACAAAGAAUCUCAAAAAUCUUUCUUACAAAAACCUGCCGUUAAUCGGCAUGCUCCCGACUCUCUUGCUUUCCGUCCAAAACAUCCACGACAUUUGCACCGAGGUUCUGAAAAAGAGUCCACGUGGCACUUUCCUUUUCAAAGGUCCAUGGUUUUCGAACAUGGAGAUACUCUGCACCGUCAACCCGGCCGACGUCCACUACAUCAUGAGCUCCAACUUUUCGAAUUUCCCAAAAGGCCCCCGAUUCCGAGAAAUCUUCGACGUUUUGGGCCGAGGGAUUUUCAAUUCGGACUCCGAUUCGUGGAGGUCUCAGCGCAAAGCCGCGCGUGCCCUCAUCGGCCACCGUGGAUUUUCCGAGCGCCUGUCCAUUGUGAACCUCGAGAAACUCGAGGCCGGCCUCAUCCCUGUUUUCGAGACGAUGGUUCGCGCGGAAAAAAAUCGAGUCUUUGACCUUCAGGACGUUUUCCAGAGGCUCACGUUCGACACGACGUGCGCUCUGGUCACGGGUUACGAUCCCGGGUGCCUUUCGGUCGAAAUGCCCGACGUCCCGUUUUCGAGAGCCAUGGACGAUGCUGAGGAAGCCAUUUUCACGCGGCACGUGCUUCCCGAGAAAGUUUGGAAGUUCAUGAGGUGGGCCCGGGUCGGAUCCGAGGGGAAGUUGAGAAACGCGCAUAGGGUUUUGGACGACGUCAUUAGAGGGUACGUCGUGAGAAAACGAGACGAUUUGAGGAAUUUAUCGAGAGGAAAUGUUGAGGAAUCGAACGACGACGACGACGACUUGCUAAGUUUGUACAUAAGUGGGGGAUUGUGUGAUGGCGAAGACGAGGACGAGUUCUUGAGGGAUACGGUUCUGAAUCUGAUGAUUGCGGGUCGCGACACGACGAGUUCUGCGCUGACGUGGCUAGUCUGGCUUGUCUCGACUCACCCGGAGGUGGAGAGGAAGAUUCUAGAGGAAUUGGAGUCGGUUAUUCGCGGCAACGAGGGAAAUUCAAAACCGAGAGUUUUUAUGGUUGGGGAGACGAGUAAGUUGGUUUACAUGCACGGGGCGAUUUGCGAGGCGUUGAGGUUGUACCCGCCGGUGCCUUUCCAACAUAAGGUGCCGAGCGAGACAGACAUUGUACCGAGCGGGCAUUGUGUGCACCCGAAGAUGAAGGUGAUGUUCUUCUUGUAUGCGAUGGGGAGAAUGGAGUCGAUUUGGGGGAAGGAUUGUUUGGAGUUUAAGCCAGAGAGGUGGAUUACCGAGAGGGGGACGAUCAAGCACGAGCCAUCGUACAAGUUCCUAGCGUUCAAUGCCGGUCCAAGGACGUGUUUGGGGAAAGAAGUGGCGUUUAGCCAGAUAAAGAGUGUGGCGGCCACGGUUAUCUAUAACUAUCGGGUAUCGGUGGUCGAAGGCCAUCGAGUCGCACCGAAUUGUUCGGUGAUAUUGUACAUGAGGGAUGGGUUGAAGGUUAGGGUUGCCAAGAGGUUGGGUUGA